ACCGUCAAAGAGCACUGCGAGAGACUCAUGGCACAGCACAUCAGCGAUGACAGAGCGAAUCUUCGCAAAAUAAGGCCAGUGCCGAGGCGAUUCCCGGCGAUGCAGCGUGCUGCGGCUGAUGUACGCGACGCCGCUCUUUCCUCCUACGAGCUGUCACAGGCUUCACUGUCGGCAACAGAAGACAGCCCAAGCCAAGCAGCGGUGUUGCUGGAGGGUAAGUAUCUGCCAGCAUUAUGCAAGAUGACGAUGUGCCACCGCUGUCAUCCAGCCCUGCAGCUAGCCAGGAUAACCAUAGAGAGCCAGAGGGACACACUCGGCCAUGCCGCAUACUUCUGUGACAACAAGAACAGAGCCGCUCAGAGAGCCAAGGCUGCUACCUCCAUCGUCCGGUGGCCUGAGAGGCUCCAGGACUACCAGGCUGUGCUGGUGUGUGCCCGUGGACAGGUCUGA